UUAGUCUGCACAGUGUCAUGUACACCACGUACUGGCCCCUCAUGUCACACUUCCACCGACAGAAAUGUGACCUUUCCCGAUCUUUUCAAAGUCCUGCCCGAGUAUCAUGAUGUCAAAGAGGUUUUCAAUGAACACAGCACUUCCUCUUUCCCUUCUCAUAGGCCUUUUGGUUGUGCUAUCAACCACCUGCCUGCCACCUUUUCCCACCAGAGGUCAUUUGUACUCUCUAACCAGUCCAGAGAACCAAGAUAUAGAGAAAUACAUCACAGCAAGCUGGGAUUAUCCACCCUUCAUUGUCUCCUGCCAGAGCAGGAUUCUUCUUCGUAAUCAAGAGAUACGGUCCCCUCAGACCUGUACUGACCCACAAGAAUCGUUAUCCCAUAAACACAGCCUUUGUCUUACUUCAAGGGUCCAGGAAUUUCACCAGACCAGAUCUCAGGAAUGUUCAAAACUUUGUCUGAAUCAGAGAAGGAGAUGAGUGUAAACAACCUUCAACACCCCCCAUUACGAAUCCUUGGUCAUGCUUUGUCAUGGUUUUACAAACGCCGCUGUUGUUUACCCAUCUCUGGUCAGUGACAUUCUACAGGACAUGUUUGGUCCGUUAGUUUUCGUUGACUUGGAUGACAUUCUCAUUUCCCCACACAUCAGAAACAUGUCCAUUUAGUACUUCUCUGCCUUUUACAGAAUAACCUCUUUAUUAAAGCAGAGAAAUGUCAGCUUCAUGGGUCUACCAUGUCAUGUUUUGGGUCUUGGUUUCACCUUCAGCUACUAGGAAAUGUUUGGUCUGCGGGGUUAGGGUUAGGGUUACAACAACGUGUUUAAAGAGUUUAAUUCAGGUGUCGAUAAUUCUAGAGUUAUGAAAAUGUGCUGUCAGUGGGCAACACAAUGAAACACAAUGCUUCUGUGAGCAACCUAACAUUGAUUAUUAAGCAUACACAAAGGCAGUCAACGUGCCAAAAUAACAAGGAUGAUGAAGAAAAUACAUGGGGAAAGUCAAAUCACAGUAAAUUUGAAAGGAUCUUUAUCAUUUACAUAUCAAACAGCAGUUUUUGGUGUCCCUUAUGAUAGGAGCUUAAUCAAGUUUGAAUUGCCUGAGUGAUGUCUCUGAUUAAGUUUACUGGACUUCCCAAGCAGACCGUUGUGUGCAUGUUCGGACUGAUGGAGCUGUGCUGUGUUUAUGACAUAAUUUGAGUGGCUCGGGGUUUAUGUCGACCUCAAGUGUGUGGCUACAGGAACUGCAACAACUCGGAUGACAACCAUUUCCUUUAAACCUCUAGAGUAGUUAGAAAAAUUCAACAUGAUAUGAAAUUCAGGAGGGCUUCUGCUGUCUGUUCUGUCCUCGGGUCGCUGGGGAGAGUUUUCAAUCACGCCAGAUUACUUUAAAAAUGUCUUUGAUCUUUUUGCGUAUUUUAGGCGAGCUUUUUGUUGAGACAUGAAAGAAUUCAGCUGGGGAUUUUAUCAGCGCCUUGCUGAUCGUGUGUUUGUUUGUGGAAGCAUUUUCUCACAUCUCAGCUUUGAUCUGCAGCCUCCUACAUUCAUUUCCACACAGUGUGCAGUGUUCAUCCGAGAGCAGACAAUACGCUCCACUGUUGCUUCACAUUCAGUCACAUGCAGGAAAAAGCCUGCCUGUAACAAUGCUUUCCCCAAACCGCUGAACGUCAUCAAAUAUCUUUGUUUUUGUGUCUGGUUUUAUUUUCUUUUUGAAGAAAUUCACAGAUACUUCAUUUCAGAAACAUAAAAAAAAAUUAGGUGUUUUGCAUCCCAUUUUUUCAUCAAACAGUUUCUUGAUAAACUCACAGGAAAAUCAUUUUUUGUUUAUUCACUGACUUGAAAAUUGCACAAGAAGAAAAGUUUGCAUAGCAGAUAUGUUUUGCUGCAUGGGAUGGGUAAACUUCCUGUCUGCAUUUAAUGACAUCCCUCGUGACUUGCAGUUUUGGGAAGCACUUGACGAUGGCCUUGUCAAAUGAGCCAUCUCUGCCCACCCUGCUGCCCAUUGGCACAGCAGAAGGAGCUCAAAGGGGAGGGCCUAAUGGGCUCGCUCUCCUUUCUGCAACCGAGCAUGUGUGCUCCUCUGAGAGAGAACUGUUUGUGAACCAGCUCCGAGUCUUGAGCCAGAGCGGUCAGCUCUAAUUAUCAGAUGCUUCGAGCAGCCUCUGUCCCGACUGAACACCAAGAGGCCUCUCCACCUGAAGCUAGAGAAGAAGAACUCUUGUGGCUCUGUCAAGCAUGGAGACCAGAGAGGGAGAGAGAAACACGGGCAUGUCGGCAUGUGCUCUGGAGCUGCUGGGGAUGGUGAUCUAUGUCGGGGCAUGGCUGUGCGCUUUAGCUACCACUAUCCUACCACAGUGGCUGACCAUGUCCACUGCGCUGCUGUCAGUAGAAAGCUACGACUUGGGCUUGUGGGAGACCUGUGUGGUCCAGGACAUUGGAGGCAUUGAGUGUAGAUCUUAUGACAGCCUCCUUGGCCUUUCAAGUGACCUCAAGCUGGCUCGCAUCUUCAUGUGUGCUUCACUCACAUUGGGCAUGCUGGGAAUUAUUGUGGCUACACCCGGACUCUACCUGAUCAACAGCUGUUCAAAUCAUGGCGGCUAUCAAACCAAGAGGACUUUAACCAUCACAGGAGGGGUUCUGGGCAUGAUUUCAGGAGUGCUGUGCCUGAUCCCUGUGUCCUACAUGGCCCAUUUAGCAGUGGUGCAUUUCUUUGAUGAUAAAGUACCAGACGCGGUGCCUCGGUGGGAAUUUGGAGACGCCUUGUUCUGCGGCUGGGUGGCAGGAUUUCUCUUCAUAGUUGCCGGGCUGCUCAUGGUCACCUCCUGUGUGUGCUCCCAGGUGGAGCCUCAGCCUGCGCUGCAGAGGAGGUAUCAGAGGAAGAGUUCAGAUGGUAGCUUCAGAAAGCACGCGGAGUACGUUUAACGGAGGAAGAAGAUGGACAGCACAGCCAUCUGUAGCUGCUUUGCACCAAAGAAUAUUUUUGUUAUCAAAUGCAAGAACAUGUAUUUUAGUUAUUUUAUCCAAAAAAUGGUUUUCAUCACCUCGAUUCCGUUGUUUUGCCUGUGAAGUUGAACGUCACAUUUGAUCGGCGUGCUGUGAUCAACACAAAGAAAUGUCUAUUGUCAAGAUGAUGCUACAAAAUAUGUAUUAUCCUUCAAUCAGGACACUUUCAGACUCCUGUCAGUACCUGAAGUGAACUGGUGCCUUCUUAAGCUCGCUGUGAUUGGAUGUCAUUCUGAAAGCUAAAGCAUUGAUUGUUUCUUGGAAAGUUUCUGUGCCUUUGUUUGAAUCCGGGACUCUCCACCAUUUGACCUCAGAACUGAAGAAGCCUCUCGGAUGAGAGGUGAAACGUCUUCAAGCAACUCAAAGAAGUCCAGACGCUUUUCUUUCAACGCUCCGUAGACUAGAAUGACCUGGAUGACUGAGACCUUCACAGACCUGUCUUUCUGUGCCUUUGGUUGGUUUGCUCAUGAGCUGUAUUAUUCAGACUUUUAACAAAUGAUCCACAUCAAAUGUUUCUUUUUUCAUUAAAAUGGUAAACGCUC